CAACUUGCUUAGUUACAGAGCUCAACUUGUCCAGCGGCAAUGGCGCUGGUACCAUUUGUUGUGCCUGAGGCGGCAGUGCAUCAAUCCCCACUGGUGCAGAAUGCUGAUCGAAACUGGGCUUGUAGCCUCAGAGCUGCAAGCAUGGCCUCCCAGGUGGCCCUGGGCGCAAGCCUUUUCAUUGGCGCUUCACGAGUGCGAAGAGGUAAAAAGAUUGCCCGGGGCAGCAUUGGUGACUCUUCAAGAAACAUAGCAGUUGCUGAGCGCUCGAAUGCUGAGCGGCUGCAGCAGAUGUCUGCCAGAGAGCUAAAGCAUGAGCUGCAAAUUCGCGGAGUUGACACGCAAGCCAGUCCAGACAAGCAGCUUCUACUGGAACUUGGCAUGGAGAGUGGCAUAUUUCCAUACUCUAGCGGCGGACGCCGACGGCUUUCACGCAUUAGCCAGGUUGAUGAGCCUCCCAUCGUGGUGGCUUUGAAGCAAGUGACUCAAGAUGCCGACUUGAUUCCCUCUGGUGCUGGAUUUACUGACGGAGAACGCUUAGCCUUGCCUAUUUGGAGCGACUCCCACGGGCCAAUGUGGUUCCUGUUGGAUACCUCGCUCAAAAGGAGUGCAGUGCGGGCAAGCAUCGCAGAGGAGCUCGGCAGUGUUGGAAGGCCUUGCAGUGGCCUGCGUUUUGCGAGCGAACCAGUAGGAAGCCUCGAUGUGCAAAUUGUGCCAGAUGACUCCGUAGUGCUUGGACCAGACCGUGCAAACAUUUCUGGGCUUUUAGGUGUGGAUUUUCUGCAUUACUUCGACCUAGAUUUGGAUCUACAACGUGGCAUUUGCCGAGCAUGGCCAAGCGGUCCGGCUUUGCCCAGAGGCUUUGGUUUACCAGAUGCCGUCGAGAUUGAGCUGUUCCAAGACAAAGGGCUUUUGCUGGUGGAUGCACAGCUUCGUGGCACUGUGUGCAGCGGUACGGACACGUGCGGCCCACCGCUUCGAGCUGUCCUGGACCUCGGUCAGACACAUUCAGCCUGCAACUGGGUGGCAGCGAUGCAGGUUGGAGUUCGGGGUCCGAAUGAUCCUUGUACCCGUCGCGCUGGUGAAUGGAACGAUGUGGACGGACGGCCAAUGGACGUCCAUGAGGCAGACCUUGGAGUCGAGCUGCCCGGCCGUGUGGGUGGUGUGCUGCCUGGUACACGACUUUGUGGUGGCAGGCUCUUUUGGCUUGCAGAGUCCUUGCCAAUUUUAAAGCGUUUGGGUUUCAUUGCCUCAGAUCCCAUGGCCGUGUUGGGUCUUGACACGGUAGGGCGAGUGAGGUUCGCCAUCUCUGCAAAGCACAAGCGACUUUGGCUACCUAUGUGAGAAGCGUGCCCGAAGAGAUGUAAUCCACAGCUCCUGACUUUGAGCCACAUUCACACCCCAAGAUCCAAGACGUCAAAUUGGUUGCAACAUGUUUCAGCUAUUUCUCCGAUUGCACCACAGUGGCGCAGGGUUUGCAUGCAUUGAAUGGUGAAUUAGCAUCCAUGGUCGACAGUUCCAUGGCAAAGGCCCGUCCAGCACUAUCCAG